UAUGAAAAUUGGAGCAAUGGAUAUUAACUUAAUUAUCAGUGUCAUAAAGCUAACCUUUGCAAUUCUUCUUCCUAUUUGUAGAAUAACUUGGGGAGAAAUAAUGAGUUCUGGAUGGGCUCCUUUGCCUCAAAUUUUGCAUGAAGAUGUCGGGGAAGUCACAAUGACUUUUUAUGCUCCGCAAAAUGUUACCUUUUGUCAUAUUUCCACAAACGAUGGAAACGCUCUAGAAGAAACUGGUGACUAUAAGGGAAUUUCAGAAACAAAAUAUUUUAAUAUAACUACUAGAAGCGUUGAUGUGGUUUUAUCAAUUUUGAAUGAUGAUGUUUGCGAACCCACUGAAUCUUUUCAAUUGCUCGCCGAUUGUGACCAAGGAUACUCGUUCGAUGCCAACAUAACAAUUGUAGCAAAUGAUCCGCCAAACUUCCUUCUUCCAUCUGAUGUUUCAGUACUAGGCGGAAACGAUGCUGUUUUGGUCUUAAUAGUAGAACCACCAACAGGUGGUUUUGAAGGUGUACUUAGCUGCCAUGUAAAAACUGUUGAUAAAACAGCGGUAGCUCCCGAUGAUUAUCAUUCGUUUGACAAGAUUAUCACAUUUCCCGCCUCAACUUUAGCCGAUGAAACAGAUAUUGAAAUCCCUACGAGGAAAGUAUUCGGCGAAAGAUUAUCUAAAUAUUUCGAAGUAAUUGUUAGUUGCUCCUUCGAUAUUACCCUUAAAUCAACAGUAACAAUAGAAAAGUCAUCGGAGGAAAAUGCAACUUCCAACCCUCAUAGUGGUCAACUUGUGAUAAAUUCCGAAACAGGGAAUACCUUCUUGAUAUGCUAUGAUGCAAGUGGCCAAGAAGGAGAUUAUAUCGUACUAUACAAAGAUAGUCUUUGUGAUUUGAAAGUCAUUGGUCGUCAUAUAGAUCGCUAUUAUAUGGGUGCCAUUUUUUUCAAGUCUCCAAAAGCUAAUGUAUCACUAUCAUUAGAGGGAAUUACACUUGGGUCAUCAGCGGUUAAAGAAUGGUCAAAUUCAAGUUCAUGGUCAAGUGUAAUUGGUAGCAUUUCAAUUUCUGUAAUCAAUCAUUUGGCUAGAAUACGUAUAGACGUCAAAGGAAGAUCUCUGCUAUUUGAAGUCAUUAAAACGCAACUAGAUUCAAACAAUCAUCUGGAUUUUUAUAUUAUUUCGAUAAACAAUGAAUCGUUCUUAGAUAAUUAUGCUGGAGGAUUAAUUGGCACAAUUAGUCAUAAUAAGUUUGCACUUUUGACAGAUGAUUCUAUUGAAGAGAACCAUGAAUGGUCAGCAAUAAGGGUUAAUGGGAGAAUAGGCAGUGCCAAGAAAUCAUUAAUUUUCGGUUAUGAUUGCUGGUUUUUAAACCUUGAACAUAUUCUUUAUCCAAGAAAACUAAAAGAGUUUAUUUGGCAAACAGAAAAUAUGGAUUUAAUUCAAUAA